GAAGGAAGCGUGUAGUUUCCUUAGAGCAGCCCGUCAGAUUAUCCUGAGCGGGUGUCAUUAUUAUAAAUAGAGUAUCGUGUCUGUCGGAGCGCAACGUUAUUUUACUCCUGCGGUGACCCGGAUGUAGCGGCGCUUUACCUCCACUCGUCUGAUCCUCUUAUCAGCGGCAGGGCGGUCGAGAUGGAUGUUGCCAACCAGUUGGUCGCCACUGGGCAGUUUACAAUCGUCAAACAGCCAUUAGGAUUCAUCAAAAUCUUACAAUGGUUCUUUGCCAUCUUCGCGUUCGCCACCUGCGGCGGUUACUCUGGAGUGUUUCGUAUGAGCGUGGAGUGUGAGAACCGCUCAGAGAGUGACCUGAACAUUGAGGUUGAGUUUGCGUACCCGUUCAGACUGCACCAGGUAUGGUUUGAUGCCCCUACGUGUAAAGGAUCAGAACCCGAGCGACUCUUUCUGGUGGGAGACAACUCUUCAUCUGCAGAGUUCUUCGUCACCAUCGGCGUCUUCUCCUUCCUUUAUUCAAUGGCAGCCAUUUCUGUGUACAUCUUCCUGUUGGAGAAAUACCGCGAGGGAAACAAAGGAGCUCAGGCUGAUUUCGUGGUGACAGCGGUUUUCACCUUCAUGUGGCUGGUGAGUUCAUCGGCGUGGGCUAAAGGUCUCUCGGACGUGAAGAGAGCCACCGACCCGGAUGACGUCAUCAACCUCAUCCCUGCGUGCGAACGGGAGGAAAACCGCUGCAAAGAGCUGCACGAGCCGGUGGUGUCUGGCCUGAACACAUCUGUGGCAUUCGGAUUCUGUAAUGUGAUCCUAUGGGCAGGCAACCUGUGGUUCAUCUUCAAGGAAACCGGCUGGAUGGCGGCUUUCGCUGGCACCUACAUGCCAUCUGGAGAGAAGCAGCCAGCUCCAGACUCCUUCGGCCAGGGCUAUGGACAGGAAGGUUAUGGACAGGACCAGUAUGCCAGCUCUCAGGGCGGGUAUCAGCCCGACUACGGCCAGCAGGGUGGAUAUGAAGGCGGAGGAUACAAUCAAGGAGUGUACGGUCAGGGAGAGCCCACGUCCUUCUCCAACGAGAUGUGAAUCCGGCCUGCAGGCUGAAGCUCCACGCUGAUCACAGCAGGAGGAUGGUCACGUGAUCAGCAAGCAGAAAAUCUACUAUUUGUUUCCACUCUCUUCAGUGGGUUUAAAGGGAAGGGGAGGGAGGGAGUAAAGCACAAAUAUUAGCAGGGCUCCUAAUAGCAUCAUAACCACGGGAAAACGCGUUGGACUCAGGAGGAAGUGAGACCCAUCAAAUCCAGAUCAUACAUCCUAUAAUGAUGAGGAAAAACUUGAAUAUUCUACCAAAAAAACAAACAAAAAAAUGAAUGAAACCUAUGAUGUAUAUCUUGCAUACAGGGAGCUGUUUGAAUGAAUUCUAUUUAAAUAUUAUAAUAUAAUUAUAUAUAUUAUAGUAAUAUUAUACCGAAUGUGUUCGUCUGUGUGGUGUAAAUAUGAAUUAUAUUUCAAUAGAUAUAUACUGUAUUGUGAAUUGGAACUGUUUCUUUUUAUUUUGUGAUGUCACUCGUAGUUAUUUUCCAUAUCUUAACAUUCAAACUUUAUCGUUCGACCCACAGUAACAAAACUGACCUUAAACCUUGUAUGUGUGUGUGUUUCUUUUUUAUUUGUGUGAAACAUUGGGGUUUGUGAGAACACAAAGUAGUUAAAAAGUCAGUAGUCUUAGAUGAAUCUGCUAGGGAGAGAAAAGAAUGGAAAGGCAUCCAAAUGUGAACAAAUGAUGACUUGAAGAUUUAUGUUUUGGGUUUAAAUGUUAUCAUCUAAAGCACAUGUGUAUUAUCAAUGCUUGUAGGAUAUACUGUAUAGUGAACACUUAGUCAUGGGUGCUCCGGUAUUUGAUGUUUUUUGUUUUUCCAGUGCUGUGAAACACCACUGAUGCUCUUAUUCAGACAUGAGUGUGAAUGAUCCCUUUAUAAUCUUUGUGUUUUUGUUCGCACUGAAAAGAGCAUUUUUAAUGCAGUCUCUCUGCCUUUACAUAAAGGUCCAGACUGCUUUCUUUCUCUCCCUUAUUAUAUCAUCUGAUAAUGCAAAAUAAAGUCAUGUUAGAGAAUGA